UCCGGCGGGGCGGCCAGCCUAUGGGGCGGAGCCGCUCCAAACCGGCAACUACUCGCUUGUGUUGCUUAUUCAGCUCAGUCUGCUCUCCUUUGACCUGUUUGUCAACUCCUUCAGCGAGUUGCUGAGGCACGAACAAGCGGUCCAGAUGAUACUUUUCAUCAUUCAGGACAUCGCCAUCCUAUUCAACCUCAUCAUCAUUCUCUUGAUGCUGUUCAACACGUACGUGUUCCAGGUCGGACUGGUGGCCGUAUUGUUGGAGAGGUUUAGAGCGCUGCUAAUGCUCUCUGCCCUCUAUCUGACAUUCAGUAUAAUACUCCAUUCCUGGAUCAUGAAUCUGCGAUGGCUAAAUACCAACAGAUUUAUUUGGACAGAUGGCCUUCAGGUGCUGUUUGUGUUCCAAAGAGCCGGGUUUAAAGCAACAUGUCAAGAAUAUGGUUGGAAGCAUGAUGCCAGAGAACCGAUCCGAGCCUGAUCCUGCAGCUCCUUUACCUCCCUUUGAAGCUCGGUGCUCUUCAAGUUGAACUGUGAACCAAGACAACAGAAAAUGAGCUGACAAAGCGUUUGCGUACGGGCGGCGGAAUCAGUCCGACCCACCUUGAGAGCGUGUUUGUAGAACAACUCCGCCUCCUCAAGUCUGUCACACUAAAAAGAUUUCAUAGAGUUUAGGUAUGAUGACCGUGGAAGGUCAAUCUCACUCCACUGCGUGGGGGAUUUGUUGCAUUGAAGUACUAGAGCAGGGGUGUCAAAGUCAAGGCCCGCGGGCCGGAUGAAUUAUCUAUGGCCCCCUGGAUGAUAUUUGAUUAGUAUUAGAAUCGGCCCGCAGGCCACAGCCGCCUGCUGCUGUUCUGCACGCACCAAUACUCCAUCAGUGUUGGCGCUAGGAGUUU